AUGGCAAUUAUUGGUGGUGAAAAAAAGGAUUGGAAUCGAUUUGGUUUUCUUGUUAAAGUAUUUUCUCGUGAGGAAUCAUCAAAUAUUGUCACCAGUUGUACCGGAUCGAUCAUUUCCACUCAGUUGAUAUUGACUUCUUCAUAUUGUUUAUUGAAUGCAACAACCGGAGGAAGGCUAUCCGAAUUCGUAGUUACUGUACAAUCACUGAAACGACCUAAAACAUUACCAGCUGAAGUGGUCGAAAUUGGUGAAACCUGGGGAAUAUUGAAAAUUCCCGAAAUGGCAAUAUCAACACUUUGUCCACCAUUACCAGCACCAAAAAGAGUUGCUCAAUUAAACGUUCGGCCAUCAUUGAUACAGUCAUCGAUCGUAAAUUUUGAUGUGUUGAAGUUGAAAAAGAAGAAAUGUUGGAUGGUUGGAUUUACUACCACCGAUAAUGCAACUGAAUUCAUCAAGCAAGAUCAAAUUCAUUUAAUUAAUAUUCAAUCGAUUAAUCCAGUAAUGGAUAAGCCUAACUAUUUUUGGUCACCUAUUAUUGCUAAUGAGACCGCAUGUUGGGAUGAUGCUGGUGCAGCUCUAUUUUGUUCCACACGAAAUUGGGGACAUACAUUAGUUGGCAUAUUUCAACAUUUAAUAGCUACAAAGAAACCGAUCGAUCCACAGAAAGAAGAUGAAAAAAUGGACAUGACGGAUAGUUGCAGUCGUGCAAUUGAAAUGCGUUUCUCAAAAACAACUAAUCAACAAAAAUUUUUGAAGCAAUCCAGAAGUUUGAUAUUGCCGCAUUUGUUAGCACAUACCAAAAUUGUUUCCGGGAAAUUCCGCACAAUUUAA